UAUUUCUGGAAUUUGAGAAGGAACAAUUUAACUAGGACUGAGGCCACAUUCCGCAGUGAGCUGACAAACCGGCCUGAUUUGAAUGGGUUAAUUCAGAAGCUUGUACUUGAGGAUAAGGGGUUAAGUAUGCCGUCAGAAGAAGCAAAUGGGGGAAAGCUAGUCGUGCAAAGCCUAGGCAUGAGUUCUUGGGGUACUGGGGAGGUUUCAAAGGAGUCGAGUUCACGGAGUAGUGGUGAAGUUUCAAAGGAGCUCAUUGUGAAAGAGAUAGAGUGUGGGACAGAGAGAAAUGGGUCUGAGAACAAGUGGAAAGGUGUUUCUAAUAUUGGAGACAAAAGCAAAAUUGAUCAAUCUGUUGGAACAAGUGACAAGAAUUUUACUUUUUCUAAGGGUUCUGAUGAUAUGGUGCUUGAUUUGUAUUCAUGGAAGUAUAGUCACAGUAAUGGCCCAACUGUGUCUUAUCAGAAUGAUGUUGGAAGUGCCAGUGCAAACAACUUUUCAGGGUUUCAGGUUCAUGGGAAAUCAAAGGUGAGUUUGGUUGAGGUUUUUGACAGUGUCAAGCCUAAUACAAAAUCUGGUGAAGAAGAUGCCUCUUCUAGUGAUAAGAGAACAGCUUGGCCUGUAAGUACCAGUAAGUCAACUUUGGAACUGAAGAACGAGAGAAAUCAAGAUACUGACCUCAAGGAAGUUGACCCACCGCACAAGCGAACUGGGGGAUCCACUAAAGAUGAUUCUGUGGAUUACACAUGGUCUAGGAAUGAUGAACUCUCACAUCCAUCUUCAGAACUGUGGAAAGAUUGUUCAGUAAAGACUAUUCUCCCGUUUUCCAAAGGCGAUACAUCAUCCAGUUAUGAUGGUACUGUUAGCGUUGGUGACAAAAAGGAAAUUAAAAGAAAGGCAGAGGUCAAUGACAUUAGGGCAGCAAUAAAAGAACAAGUGGAUGAGGUAGGAAGAUCUUUGUACUUUGGGAAGGCCCAAGGGAGUGAGCCAAAGGAUUUCAGUGCCUUGUGUUUUCCUCACACUCCUGAAAAUCAAAAGGAAGAGUUCCCUAGGUUGCCACCUGUUAAACUCAAGUCAGAAGAAAAGCCCUUCAGUAUUAAUUGGGAAGGGAAAUAUGAAAUUGAUGGACCUGGCCCAAAGUCUACAAGUGCUGAGAAUACGUAUCUUAUAGGGUCGUUUUUGGAUGUUCCAAUUGGACAAGAAAUUAAUACAUCAGGAGCAAAGCGGCCUGUUGGAGGUAGUUGGCUAUCUGUAAGUCAGGGCAUUUCUGAGGACACUUCAGAUCUAGUGUCUGGUUUCGCAACUAUUGGUGAUGGAUUGAGUGAAACUGUUGACUACCCAAAUGAGUACUGGGACUCUGAUGAAUAUGAAGAUGAUGAUGACGUUGGCUACAUGAGACAGCCUAUUGAAGACGAGACCUGGUUUUUGGCACAUGAAAUUGAUUAUCCUAGUGACAAUGAAAAGGGAACAGGACAUGGGAGUGUUCCAGACCCUCAAGAUAGAACACAAAACAAAAAUGAUGAGGAUGAUCAAUCAUUUGCAGAAGAGGAUUCCUACUUCUCUGGUGAGCGGUAUUUCCAGUCAAAAAAUAUUGAUCCAGUUGGUCCUUCUGAUGAUCCUAUAGGGUUGUCAGUGGCCAAAAUGUAUAGGAGAAGUGAUGAGAAUGACUUGAUUGGCCACUAUGAUGGACAGUUGAUGGAUGAAGAGGAAUUAAAUUUGAUGCGUGCAGAACCCGUCUGGCAGGGUUUUGUAACUCAGUCAAAUGAACUUAUUAUGUUACAGGAUGGGAAAGUUCUGAAUGAUUGUGUAAGGCCAAGAUUAGAUGAUAUUUGCCUGGAUGAUGAUCAGCAUGGAUCGGUCAGAUCUAUUGGAGUAGGUAUCAAUAGCGAUGCAGCUGAUAUAGGCAGUGAAGUGCGGGAGAGUUUGGUUGGUGGUAGUAGUGAGGGGGAUUUAGAGUACUUUCCUGAUCAAGAUAUUGGUAUUGGAAUGUCCAGGAGAGCACAGCAUGACUCAGAUAAGAAUUAUAGUGAAACAUCAAGCAGUGGCAAAAAGAAAUUGAAUAAGAGCAAUUUGGAUAAUUUCAUCACACUUAAUGACAAAGGUGCAUAUUCACAGGCAAAGAAUCACAUGGAUGGAGGGUUUUCUUUUCCCCCUCCUAGAGAUAAAGAGUUGGUCCAGACAAGCUCAGGGAAAGCUUUCUGGUCAAAGAAAGGUAAUACUGUUGUGAGUGAUGAAGCAGAUGACUGUUUGGUAACAAAUGAUGACAUGCUUGCUUCAUGGAGGCGGAAAAGCAGUGAGUCUUCACCUGUGAAGAGUUCAAUCGAUGGAAACAAUGCUAACGUUGCAGGAUCAGCAAAUUCUAGCCCGUCGUCACUUUCAAAUUAUGGUUACGCUGAGACAGAGCACGCAAAGAAAGAAGAUGAUGGAAUAGCCAGAGCAAGGGCAACGGAAGAAGAUCCAGGUGCGUUACUGGAGGAUGAGGAAGCUAUAGCUGUGCAGGAGCAAGUUAAACAGAUAAAGGCACAGGAGGAAGAAUUUGAAACCUUUGAUCUUAAGAUUGUCCACAGGAAAAACAGGACGGGCUUUGAGGAGGACAAAAACUUCCACGUUGUUUUAAAUUCAGUCAUUGCUGGGCGGUAUCAUGUUACAGAGUAUCUUGGUUCUGCUGCAUUUAGUAAAGCUAUUCAAGCUCAUGACCUUCACACUGGCAUGGAUGUCUGUGUGAAGAUUAUUAAGAACAACAAAGACUUUUUUGAUCAGAGCCUGGAUGAAAUUAAGCUUCUCAAGUAUAUUAACAAGCAUGAUCCUGGUGACAAGUACCAUAUCCUCCGGUUGUAUGAUUAUUUCUACUAUCGUGAACAUUUGUUAAUUGUCUGCGAACUUCUCAAGGCUAAUUUGUACGAGUUUCAUAAAUUUAAUAGAGAAUCUGGAGGGGAAGUUUAUUUUACUAUGCCAAGACUCCAGUCAAUUACCAUCCAGUGUUUAGAGGCACUUCAGUUUUUGCAUGGUUUGGGCCUUAUACAUUGUGACUUGAAGCCUGAGAAUAUUCUUGUCAAGAGCUACAGUAGAUGUGAGGUGAAGGUCAUUGAUCUGGGAAGCAGUUGUUUUGCAACGGAUCAUCUUUGUUCCUAUGUGCAAUCGAGGUCCUACCGUGCACCUGAGGUCAUUUUGGGCCUUCCAUAUGAUAAAAAGAUUGAUGUCUGGUCUCUUGGUUGCAUUUUGGCAGAACUGUGUACUGGAAAUGUCCUCUUUCAAAAUGAUUCUCCUGCAACUUUACUUGCUCGAGUUAUUGGGAUUAUCGGAUCCAUUGAACAGGAGAUGCUUGCCAAAGGACGAGAUACAUACAAAUACUUUACAAAAAAUCACAUGCUUUAUGAGCGGAAUCAGGAGACCAACAGACUUGAAUACUUGAUUCCGAAAAAGACAUCCUUAAGGCAUCGGUUACCAAUGGGGGAUCAAGGUUUUAUUGACUUCGUAGCUCAUCUGCUUGAAAUAAACCCAAAGAAGCGCCCUUCAGCCGCGGAGGCUCUAAAACACCCAUGGCUAUCAUACCCUUACGAACCAAUAUCAUCUUGAACAAAUUGGAAAUCAUUCGUUGGCCCAAUCUGAUGAAGCUGUCCAUCUUCUCAGUUUAUGUGCUGUAAUGACACGGCGGAAAUCCCAUUAAAUUCCGGAUGGAUGGAUGGGGUCUGUUCCGCGUGCUUGCACAAUCGAAAGGUGCGAAGAGGUAGUAUCUGGUUUUCCUUCCCCGGUGUUGAGUUGUAUUUGAUUUAUCUCAACCAAGAAUGUAAGAUUGGACAGGCCAUAUGUAACUCUAGGUUUUGUUUUUCUUAUUAAUCUUGCUUGGUGGAAGGGAACUCUUCAAUCUUGUUGUACAUGAUGUGUGAUAAUUUUUUAGGCUAUCUAGUAAAAGCUUGUGCAAUACCUUGCUCUGGCUUUAUCCAA